GCGCCACUUCCGCCAGACGCAAGGACGCAUCUUCCGGCUCAAGUAUUCUGCGGCGGCUGAGCUUCGCUAGUCCAGACGUCAGGAGUUCCCGGAAGUAGUCCAGAGGGGACUUCCGGUGCGGGUUGGGAAAAAUGGCGGUGGUCCCUGCGUUCCCGGCUUUGGCGCGGGUGCUUGUACUGUCAAGGCACAACCUGUUGUCUCCUUUGCUCAGUGUCGCAUCAUCCAGACGCUUCUACAGAGGGAACAGCCCAACAGAUUCCCAAAAAGACCUGAUUGAGAUCCCUUUGCCUCCGUGGCAGGAGAGAACUGAUGAAUCCAUAGAAACCAAAAGAGCCCGCCUGCUAUAUGAGAGCAGAAAGAGGGGAAUGUUGGAAAACUGCAUCCUCCUCAGCCUCUUUGCCAAAGAACAUCUGCACCACAUGACAGAGAAGCAGCUGAACCUCUAUGAUCGCCUGAUUAACGAGCCUAGUAAUGACUGGGAUAUUUACUACUGGGCCACAGAAGCAAAACCGGCCCCAGAAAUAUUUGAAAAUGAAGUCAUGGCACUGCUGAGAGACUUUGCUAAAAACAAAAACAAGGAGCAGAGGCUGCGUGCCCCGGAUUUGGAGUACCUCUUUGAAGAGCCACGUUGAGCUGUGCCCACGGCCUGGCAAGGCUCUCAGUCUGAAGAUGGUAACUGCUCCCAGUGGAUGUGAUCUUGGCCUCUUGCUUCUUCUGAGGCGCUUAACUCACCCUCCCCCACAGGACAUAAAUGUAGCUGAGCCGUGUGACUCAUUCUGGCACUUUUUUGUUCAGUUCUGACCUUUGUGAGUGGUUGUCAGUGUUGCUGACACUAUGGCCUGACUUUGGCUGCCAGUGCUACUGGCAGAUCUGCCACAAGAGGGCGCUGUAGGGGAAGAAAUCUUGCUGGCUCGCUGCUUCUGCUGCAAGUACUCCCAGAAAGAGGUAGCCAGCUGUACCUGCUGUGUGGAAGCCACCCCCGACCCUGGUGGUCCAGGGCUUUGUUAAAGUGAAAUUCCCCUCCCUCCAACCUGGUGUGAUCCUUUCUGCCAAAGGAAGUUGAUCCAGGCCCCCUGAGCUGAACUGUUGAAAGCACAGCAGGCAGAAUGAGGCCACACUGCUUAAGUGUCUGCGUCUUUGUUGUCAGAUUUUCUUUAAACCACGCACUUUGUAAAUUGAGAGAUAAUUGAAUAUUAAAGAAUAAUGAUAAAAAGAAA